GCAAUAGGUGUGAGUACCUCUGCUCCUAAGACUUUUUGGUAGCCCUUUACCCCAAGGGCUCUUAAUUUCUUAAAAUCAUAUCUUAUCAGAUACCAUCUUCACAUGAUUUCAGACAGAUUUUCAUAAUGUACAUAAGUGACAAGAGGGGCACUCAAGGCCAAAUUUUACAAGAAAACAAGAUACCAGAUCUGAAAGCCUAGAAAUUCCCAUCAAUGUGGUUCUACCUCAGAGUCACCUGAGGCCCUGUUGGAAGAUGAUGGCGGACCAACCAGAGGGGCUGAAAUGUAGGGUGGAGGAGUCCAGUGCAGAGCGGGGCACCGCCGAGCCUUUCCUGCGGCUCCACAACCUGUACCCCAGCCCGCGCUGUGCCCGGCAGGCCGCCCUGCCCAGGCUGAGCCGCCGAGUGGCCAGCCAGCACUCCUACCCGCUGAAUCGCUUCUCCUCCGGGCCCUUGGACCCCAUGGAGCGCCCCACCUCACAGGCGGACCUCGAGCUGGACUACAACCCUCCGCGAGUGCAGCUCAGCGACGAGAUGUUCGUCUUCCAGGACGGCCGCUGGGUGAAUGAAAAUUGCCGCCUGCAGUCCCCGUACUUCUCCCCGUCGUCGUCCUUCCACCACAAGCUGCACCACAAGCGGCUGGCCAAGGAGUGCGCGCUGCAGGAGGAGAACAAGGCGCUGCGCGAGGAGAACAGGAUCCUCCGCAAGGAGAACAGGAUCCUGCAGGUGUUCUGGGAGGAGCACAAGGCCACGCUGGGCUGCGAGGAGAGCAGGGCUGCCUCGCCGCUGCUGCACAAGGACAGCGCGGCCCCGGAGGCUGUGAAGGACAUGGCCUUGCAAAUGCACCGCAGCAAGGAGAACAGCAGCCUGCAGCUGCUCAGGGAGGAGAACAGGGCCCUGCAGCAGCUGCUGGAGCAGAGGAAGGCGUACUGGGGCCAGGCAGAGGAGAAGGCGGGCCCCGAGGACGAGAGCAAGGCGGCGCCCUUGGCCCACGAGGAGCCCCGCGGCUCCGGGCUGCUGCCGGACCAGGGCGCAGGCCUCGCCUCCCGGUUCGAGGAGUCCAAGAGGCCCUCAACCCCCCAGGACGACUCCAAGACGCUGCGCGUCCUGCGCCAGAUGGUCAGCAACCUGUCCGGGUCUUGUGCGGACGAGGAGAGCAAGUCCGGCCCCGGCCUGCCUGAUGGGAGCCAGUCCUUGGAGCUGCUGAGGGAGAUGAACCAGGCGCUGCAGGCCCUGCGGGAGGAGAACCAGAGCCUGCAGGUCCUCCGCGAGGAGAACCGGCUACUGCAGGAGGAGAACAGGGCCCUCCACGUGCUGCGUGAGGAGCACCGCAUCUUCCAGGAGGAGAACAAGGCCCUGUGGGAGAACAACAAGCUGAAGCUGCAGCAGAAGCUGGUCAUCGACACGGUGACCGAGGUCACCGCCCGGAUGAAGAUGCUUAUCGAGGAGCUCUAUGCCUUCAUGCCGGCCAAGAGCAAGGACCCCAAGAAGCCUAGCAGGGUCUGAGGCUCCUCACGGAGCCCUGGGCACCCAACACCCGGCCAGAGAACAUCUCCCACCUUCCAUUCGCCUUCUCCGCCUUCACCCACCAGCUGGGCCUGUUGAAGAGCAGCACUAUCAUCUUCCUUAACUCAGAGAAGUAAUAAAGGCAUGGGGGGCCCUGCCCAUUGACAUCA